UCUUUUUGUCCCUCAGGUACAGACAUUUACGUUCGAUGUCUAAAACUUUUGAAGCCGUACAGAAAAAAUCCAGUAGACGAUGAUGAAGAUGAUGAUGAGAAUAACGACGACGAUGGGGACGUCCCUGUUAAGAGGAAUGUUCAGGCCCAGGCUCGGGAUAUUGAGCGAGACCUACUGGCACAGGCUUAUGAGAUCGUGGUGACUACAGGACCAAAAGGUAUUUCCAAUACCCUGUUAAGGGGACAGCUGAACAUCGGCAAACUGGAGAGCCGCAUGAUCUGUAGAGUUCUGGAGAGGAACAACAUGAUUAAGGUAACAGACAAACACACACACUACAUAUGUGUCUUAGCAUGUAAACAUCAACUGUAA